CAGAAGUGAUAAUGGAUUAUGCUGGCAGAAAAAUUUUUUCUUGUACUCAAUUAAUGGCUGCCAAAAGGAAAGUGCUGGAUUUAGUAUUUUCUUGGGUCUUUGCAACUCUGACUUCAUUAAGAAAUGUAUUUAGAAGCAAGAACAUCAGUUCUCUUUUCAUUCUCCUCUACCACAUCAGUCUGGAACAACCAGAAUAAAGCAUAAACUUUGUCCAAAAGGCACAUCAAAUGCUUUACAGCACACUGAGUUGUCAUUUUAGUGUCUUUUACCUUGCACAACGAUGACGGCACCAUGGGCUUGUGGGUUGGUAGAGUUUUAAACUAAAUUUUACAUUCCUCCUAGACUGUCAUUUCACUGCCUGGUGAAAAUUUCAUUGCUAGUAAAUAAAACUGUUGCUGUAACAAAUAGUGCAUGAAGCAACUAGAAGCAUUUAUUUUGUGAGAACAGAAGCUUCCCUUCACAGGUUAUUUCUUCCUUCUGUGCACAUGCAGCAACAGAUCUGUGAGGCAAUGAGGUGGCUAUUGCUUUCCUUCAAGAUCCGUACUUUUGUUGUCAUUUCCUUUCAGGAAACAUUUUCCUCUUUUUGUUCCCACAGAAGGAGAUAAGUGAGGCUGUUGUCCAAUAAUCUUCUGGGGACAAAGACAAGGUUACUCACUGCUCAAAAAGAAGCUUUGGGUGAGGUCUCUUGCCUGCCACUCUUGUGCCCUGCCACACUGGGCUAACACAACACCGAGGGCCAGUCAAGCUGCACGUGCCAAAAGAAGACAGACAUGGCCAAGGAGCAAACUGAACAUGACCUACAUGCUACCUCCCACUUCAACUUUGCUUCAAUCUACAACAUCCAUGAUGGGCAUUUCUCUUUGAGAAACUUCUCUUUCCCUUUCAAUUUCACUUACAGUGAUUAUGACCUGCCACUGGACAGUGAAGACGACAUGACCAAAACUCGCACCUUCUUCACAGCCAAGAUUGUGAUUGGGGUUGCUCUGGUUGGCAUCAUGCUGGUUUGUGGCAUUGGCAACUUCAUCUUCAUUGUUGCUCUCGCCCGCUACAAGAAACUGCGAAACCUCACCAACCUGCUGAUUGCCAACUUGGCCAUCUCAGAUUUCAUCGUGGCUAUUGUGUGCUGCCCCUUUGAGAUGGACUACUACGUGGUGCAGCAGCUGUCCUGGGAGCACGGCCAUGUCCUCUGUGCCUCAGUCAACUACCUACGAACUGUCUCCCUCUACGUUUCGACCAAUGCUCUCCUGGCUAUAGCUGUUGACAGGUAUUUGGCCAUUGUUCACCCACUGAAACCACGCAUGAAUUAUCAAACAGCAACCUUCCUCAUUGCCUUGGUCUGGGUCAUCUCCAUACUUGUAGCUAUUCCAUCUGCAUACUUUGCUACUGAAACCGUGUUGUUUAUAGUGAAAAACCAGAAGAAAUUUUUCUGUGGCCAAAUUUGGCCAGUUGACCAGCAGAUGUAUUAUAAAUCAUACUUUCUCUUCGUCUUUGGCAUUGAAUUUGUAGCACCUGUGAUUACAAUGACCUUGUGUUACGCCAGGAUCUCUCAGGAGCUUUGGUUUAAAACUGUCCCAGGAUUUCAGACGAAACAAAUUAGAAAGAGGCUUCAGUGCAGAAGGAAAACCGUUAUGGUACUAAUGUGCAUUCUGACUGCCUAUGUUCUCUGCUGGGCACCUUUCUAUGGUUUCACAAUUGUCCGGGACUUCUUCCCCACCCUCUUGGUGAAAGAGAAGCAUUAUCUUACUGCCUUUUACAUAGUCAGGUGCAUCGCCAUGAGUAACAGCAUGAUAAACACCAUGUGUUUUGUAACUGUGAAAAACAACACCAUGAAGUACUUCAAGAAGAUCAUGCUGCUCAGAUGGAGGUCAACGUAUAAGGGAAGCAAAUCUAGCACAGAUUUGGACCUGAGAACAAGUGCAAUCACAGAGGAAGUAGACUGCAUAAAACUACAAUAAAUUUUCUGAGGUUCUAAUCUCACCUUUUUUGGAGAGGGGGCAAAGAGGAAAUAAUACCUUGUCAGAAGCUUCUUCCGUGUCUGUGGGAAUACCCAUCACUGGUGAGAGCCCUCAAAAAAGCAGCCUACUUUGCAUUCCCACCAGAACUCUUCUCACUGGACUGCUGGAAAAUCCUUAAGCUUGAACAGAUGCUGUGCUUCAGUUCAUACAUCAGUCAAUUUGGGAUGUAGACACUAAUUUUAUAGUUGUUUAAUAAGAACAAAGAAGUCUAUGAAUGCAUUAGAGCGUACUACAAUGAUGGAAAAGUUGAGAGCUGACCCUAGCACUGAUGCUUCUUUGUUUCUUAAGAGAAACCUCUUAACACCUUUGAGCUUAUGACUUGUACCUUUAAGCUAUUUGGUGUCCUUUUCUUUCUGCUCAGAAAGGAUGCCAAAAAAGCCCAUUUUGCUUCCUGUCACUCUUUAACCUCUCAGUUUACCUUUCCUGAUGAAGCUUCUUGAAGUCUACAGACCACCAGCUUUCUAUUGUCAUUGGACAAUAUGCACAGCAUGCUCUGAAAGGCACAUGCUCUGAAAGCUAAAAUCUGCUUCAUGGUCAAGUGCAAACCUCAAGUUUCUUCCUCUUACACCUUGUUUUAGGAAUGCUUUAUCAAUAUUCCACUCUUUAGUUUUAUGGAGAGUGUUAACUCUGUUAUGUAUUUGGAAAUACCACAGAUACGUAUGAAAAGGAUCUACUCUCCCUCACCUCCAGCCACCCCGUGGCCAGCUCCUGCUGCCUUGAGAUGCUGAGCUCCUCAUAAAAUCAAUCACAAAAUUGUAGAACUUGAGAAUAACAUUUCCACAUUGUCUAGCCCGUCCCUCUGCACAAAUUAGCCAGGAUUGUGUCCAUCUAGACUUUGACUUACUCCAGGGAAUGCUGACAGUCUCCCUGGAUCACCAGUGUCAGUGUUCAACAGCUCUCACACAAUGAAAAAGUGUUUUCUUACAUUCAGAUGGAAUUUCAUGUGUUUUACCUUACUUGUCAGUGGGAUCCAUAUAAACCUACAGCAUGGUGGUGGGAAAAAUCUAACCAGACAUCUUACCAAAUCUCUGUGUGCACCCUCAUGAUAAAGGAUAAGCAACGCCAAAAUAUCAAGGAGAUCCCGAGAUGAUCCAUCCAUCUUUCUGGGAGCAAGACAGGCUUAGGCUUCAGCCAGCCAGCCUCUGGUUGAGUUGAGAAGCUUAUUGUCUGCUCAGAUAUGAUGCAACAACUCCAGAUGAAUUCUGCUUUUCCCUCCGCAGUGCUUCUUUUACUGUUCUGAUUUAGUGCAACUCCAGUUUGGAUGUUUCUUAACUGAUAAUUGUGACAAAGCAGGUGACAGUAACAGUAAUACCUACUCAUCUCAACUACACAUAAGAUAUAAUGGACUUCUGUGUAUGGAAAUAGAAUCUUUUCUGUUGUGAUGACAAAUGCGUAUGUGGUUGUGCCUACUUCUGGAGUAAAUGGUUUUGGUAAAUAACUUGUCUAUUUGUGAAUUUGAAAUGAGUAGCAAAUCCUGCAAAUAAAACAUGGCCUCAGUAUAAGCAUUCAGAAUUAUUUUUUGUCUUUUUUCUCCUAGCCAUCACUUUCUUACCCAGCUGAGUAAUGUGAAUGCUCCCAUUGCUGCUGAAGAAAAAUUGCCCAAUUAAAUUUAAGGGCAAAAGGAUAUUCAAAUCCAUUAAAAUGCUCAAAGCCUCUCAUCAUUAGAUGCUCUUAAAUAUAUGUUGAAGAGUAUUUAAUCAUUUGCUGUUAGGCAAAACAAUGACUGAAAUCAUCCUUCAAAAUGUCAGUUUUGAACAGGGGUAAGUACUAAAUCCAUUUGUUUUCCAGCCUGAUACAGAAAUUUAAAGGACCAGAGAGUUGCAGUAUUUCACUAUGAAAAAGGCUUAAUCUUGUAAUCUCACCUGAAAUCUCAUGGUUUCUUCUGAAACCUGCCCUAGUUGUAAGGGAUUAGCUAGCAUUACUGCGUGUUAUUGGAGUGUGUGAUACUCCUUCUACCUGUUUUCCCUACAUGGUUUUGGUACAACAAAGUCAAUUGACAAUUUCCACACUAAGAAAAUCCAUCUAAGGCUGAGUUAAUAAAAAAAAAAAAUUACACCAAGAAAUACAGUACUGAACAAAAUCUGGGGCAAAGAAUUGCUUUAAAACUCUGGAAAUCACUCUGAGAGCUCCAAGAGAGCUCUUGUGGUCUGGCCUAAACACUGUGCUCAUUCCUGUGCCUGCCAAGGGUAUUAAAGCAGCAUCCUCCACAGCCCCUGCUGAGGGUUUAGGUUUUGGAACUGCUCUAUUUUUGAUAUAUUGAGGUCCUCCAAGCAGCAAAGCAGUGUUGCUGCCUAAACCUCUGGAUAGGGCAGGAGAAGUCAUGCUUUGCCCUCAACUGCAUUUGUUGUGAGCUGCAUCCACAGAGAGGGGACACUCCCACUGAGGAAGGGUGACAGUUCUGUUCCAUGAUCCAAGAGCGAAGCAAUCACAUUGCCCUUAGCCUGUGUCGGCACCAACUCCAAACAGCCCAAAACAGGGCACUUUCAGAGACAGUAUUUGCUCUCAAACUGAGCUCAGCAAGCAGAGGCCCAGGGCUUUGCAUGGGGACCAAAAGUCACUUAAAAACUACUGUGAAUACUCCUGAAGUGUGCCGGCAGUGGGAACAGGCCGUGACCCAAGUGGCUCCCUCAGGCAGCGGGGAGCAGGCAGGGAAGGACCUGAGGGAGAGGACCAGACCCCACAUUCCCUAGGGCUUACGUGAGCUGCGCAGAGAACAAAAAGGCUUUUUUCGUACCCUCACAACUUAUUAAAGGACAACACUUAGAGAGGGAAUUCAAUAUGGACUGCACCUACUUGGACUUUGGUUGUAAACAGAGAAAGACAAGCACAAGCUGGGAAGAAGGCAGCACCUGUCUCAGAGGAGAAAGUUGUGCCUUUCCAGCACAACUCCUGCCUACUGGAAGCUGCCUACUGUAAGCUCUAGGGGAGCAGCUGUAAUAGGGGCUCCAUCAUGCAAGAAUUGUGCUAUGUGUCAUGAAUGAGGAAUAGGUAGGACCUGAGAUCCUUUGGCAGCGUUUAGAUGCAGUGAGUCAAUCACAUGCUACCAUGUCCCAGUUGUGACUAGCUCAAAUUUUUGCUGCCAAAUGCAAAACUGUGGUGCAACCACACCAGAUCACUGCUCAGCUGUCCUCCUGCAGCACAGCACCAAAACCGUAACCUCGUUUCCUUCUAAAGCAGCUUCUCCAGGGAUAACUUGAGAGUAAAAUCCAGUCUCUGCUCCUUCAUGCUGAAAAAUAUAAACCCGGGUGCACCCGGAAGCUAAAACAGUGACCUGAAAUGGCUAAAAGAGCAUUAGAAGAAGAAAAAGCGGCUAUUCUCAGCAACAGGCAGUGAGAAAACAAAGGCUGUGUCAUUAAAGCAACUGUCCCUCUACAAAAAGGGGGGAUCUACCUGCAAGAUCCCAAGCCAGCAUACAUCAAAGUAGCCAGCACAGAAAAUUUCUCUGGAGACUGACUCAUUCAGGAGCUAAGACUUUGCUGUGAUCCUUCUCCUUUGAGCCUUUCCCGUGGCAACAGCACCCUCCAGCUGCUGCCUCUACAGCACAGUGUCACCACAAACUGCAUCAGCUUACAUCAAACACCGUGGGAAUGGCAUCAAGCAGGUAUUCCCAGGAUUCCUAUGACUCCAACAAGUAGCAACAGAUGCUUCAGCUUUUGACAGCUGGGUACCCAGGCACUUAUCCAAUGCUUGUAGUGUCUGCAUUCUCCCCUCCCUGUGUUGGCAGGGCUGUGACAGAUGCUGGGUGCUUGGGCUGUCCCCUUUCUAAAUACUCUGUACCACCUGUGCAGAAAAACACACACCAUUGAGCAGAAAAAAGCAGAAUUGAGGUAAGAUAGACACUUGUCCCUCAGACUCACAGAGAUAUUGCUCUCUCAUACACUCUGUUAGGAUCCUGUCCUAUAGGCUGCACUGUAACCCACAUUGCCAGGAUAAGCCCUUACUCACAGACCCAAUUAUGUUGGAAAAGACCUCUGAGAUCCUUGAGUCCAGCCAUUGGCCAAAUACCACCAUAUCAACUAGACCAUGGCACUGAGUGCCAGUCUUUCCUGAAACACCUCCAGACACAGUGACUCCAUGACCUCCAUUCCAAUGUCUAACUCUUUUUGUGAAGGAAAUUCCUCCUAAUGUCCAACCAGAACCUCCCCUGGUGCAGCUUAAGACUAUGUCCUCUUGUCCUGUUUCCUGGGAGAAGAGACUAACCCCCACCUGGCUACAACCUCCUUUCAGGCAGUUGUAGACUGAUAACGUCACCCGUGAGCCCCAUCUUCUCCAAGCCGAACACACCCAUCUCCCUCAGCUGUUCCUCAAAACUACUGACAAGGCAGGAAUUCCUGCAGCUUCAAAAGUGACCUUCUUAACACCAGCCAGAACAAAAGAACGUAGCACAAAUCCCAGUAUAAAAGUCACUAAAUAAUCAUGGAUAGUAAGAAACAUCACUGAGCACAAAGUUGUUCAAAGUGUAAAGUCACCUUCUUCAAAAUCAAGACUAAGUGACAGAAACCACUAAGAUGGUAACACUUCCUGGAAAAAGGCAUCCCUGAGCUAAAAAGGAAUGUCAAAACCCCAUGAAAAACUCUACCUGCUCAUCUGCUGAUUCCAGAAGAAAAUAUGUGGAAGGUAACACAUGGAAAGCAAUCACAGGAAGCAAUAGGAUCUGAGUGCACAGCACUCUGAAAGCAGCAGGGGUGACACACUGCUCCAGGAUGCCUCUGCAAAGUGCUCCAAUAUAUGGCAGGCACUGUAGAAAUAAAGAAAAAAAAAAACCACAGGGUGAAAUGCCCAUGAAAGACAGAGCUUCUGAAAAAGCCAAAUGGGAAAACACUCCAAAAAACACCAAAAGGAUGUGAAGAACUCAUCCAGGGAUGUGGUGACACUCUCCAAGAAAUACCAGGAGGAGAACAAACUGGAAGAGUCAGUAAGCAAUAGGCAGUCAAGGACUCCUCUGUGAGGCUGUGAUUAGCAAUGCCAAAAAGAGUUAGGCAGCAGUGUGAUGAAGGAAUCCAACAGAAUUCAGUAGAAGAUUCCAAAAAGAGCUGAGCCUUGUGGCAAAGGGAUCCUGAGGCUCAACAAGGAGAAGACUCCUGUGGGGCUGCAGGCUAAAGGGCUCCUGAGAAAUGGCACCAUGAAGGUUGAUGAGGGAAAGAGGCUCCUAAGGGGGGGGCAAAGAACUGGCUCCUGCAGGGUAUAAUGAGCACAAGACAAUAAAACCCUAUAAUGCAUACAGUGCAGAAUACAAUACAAACUGUACCGUAUGCUACAAUAGCUACACAAGAAACCAUGAUAUAAUGCAGUACAUACUCUGCAAUACAUUCAAAAUAUGUAAACUACAAUAAACAUAAAUGACAGCACACAACACAUCUAGGACCAUAAUGAAAGGAAUGAGAGGGAUGUGUCCAGAGGAAUCCCACUAAUUGACACAGACUGUUGCUCAUCCAAGACCCUUCUAAAUUCCUGGACUUAGAGAAAAAGAACAGCAAUACAAAGAAAAACAGGGGAACGGGGUGGGGGGAAUACACAUUAGAAGGAGUUCUGUAUUAGGCUGUUCAGGAAGUCUGUACCUCUCAGGUACCUCAGCCAAGGGGGAGAGGAAAAUGAAGAAAGGAAAUGAGGAUAAAGAGGAGGCUGCAUCUUCCAGCAAUUUGAGAGACCUUAUGGGAAAUGUCCUAUGGCCUCUCCCUUUAUUUGAAUAAAGUUGCAGGACUCCUCUGUCUCCUUUUAGGACAUAAACCUCUGGCAUUGUGGAUUAGUUUUUCUAACAAUAAAAUACAGUAAAUACCACAUGGUACUGUAACACACAACCCACUUCUCAGCCUUUGAAGAAACCUGCAACUCACACUAGGCCCUCUGCGGUCAAGAUACAAGGUGGCCCCUUCAUAUGACCUGGAGAGCUCCUGUUUCACUCAGGAUCUGCAUC